AUGGCUCAGAUGGAGGCGCUCCACGCCAUGAGGGCUUUCCCCCAAGCGGCGAGCUUUUUGGAAACGCUGCAUCAUUGCCGUCAGCGACGGUGCACAAACCCCCGAGACAAGAUCUACGGCAUGCUGGGCAUGGAGUUCAAGGGACGGGCAAGUUGCCUCCAGCCGAACUACGACAUCUCGGUCGAGCAGCUCUUCGUUGAUGUUGCCCGGGAGCAGCUGGAGCAGACGCGGACCCUGGACGUACUCAGCUGCGUCGUCCCGGGGAAGAGGAGAACGUCCCUGGGCAUCCCUUCGUACGUGCCCGACUGGACGCUCAUGACGAAGAACAUCCUCACCCACCACCUGUCCGUCGACCACCUAAUGACGCUGCCGCACUACAACGCGUCGGGUGGUUUUCCGGCAGAGUUCCACAUCGGGCCUGAUAACCGGGCGCUCACGAAAGGCAUCGAGAUUGACCGGAUCGAGGCCCUCGGCCCUGCGUGUUUCUUCUCGGACCUGGCAAGUUGCGGCCAAGCAAAAGACUACGUGAAGGAGGCCCGUCGAUUGGCGGGCUUGCCUGGCAGCCCACCCGAAUCGUCCGAAGCGGCCAGUGCCCGGGAACUCGCGUUCUGGAGGACUCUAUGUGGAAACCUAGCUGUUCACGUUGGAGAGGAAUCCCGCGAUUGGAGAGCUGCCGACCCCGCGGUUGACUAUGAAUCCUACCUACAAUGGAGCGACAUCGUCAACGGAGUGCCAUCCGCGGACCCCCAACUCGAUGACAGACCUGCAUUUGAAGACGCAUUGGUGGCAACGCUCUCAGCUCGAAGGUUCAUGCGGACCGGGAAAGGGCACUUUGGCAUGGUGGCCCCGGAUUCUCGGCUUGGUGAUGUGGUAAUGGUACUUGCCGGCGGUAGGGUGCCGUACGUGCUCCACGAAGAGCCGGGGUAUGAGACUGGGAAUGGUCUCGUGACUCAUAGCUUCAUUGGGGAUGCGUACGUUGACGGUUUCAUGUAUGGAGAGUGCGUCGGCGACGAUCCGGAAUGGAUGUGGUUGAAUCUGAUCUAG